AUGCAAAUACCCAGGAGACAAAUUGUUCCAUUUGCCUUACACGAGCCUGUUCGUCAAGCGUUUAAACGAGUUCAUGCCGACUACUGUGGUCCUUUUCUCGGUAAAUACUAUGCUUUAAUUAUUAUUGACGCAUAUUCACGUUGGCCUGAAGUUUUUCUAACUACGUCUCCAAGUGCCGAAUUCACUCAACAAGCAUUGAGGGAAGUGUUCAACCAUGAAGGUGUACCAACUGUUUUGGUCACUGACAACGGCACACACUUCACUGCAAAAUUCCUCGAGGAAUGGUUGAAGGGUCUUGGAUGUCGACAUUUGUUUAUUGCUCCGCGACAUCCCCAGUUAAGUCUUCACAGUGGCAUCCGUGGCCAGUUACUUGUGAAGCAUUUCAACGAGUUCAUGCCGACUACUGUGGUCCUUUUCUCGUUGAAUGGACUUGCUGAGAAUUUUGUCCGAACACUAAAGUCUGCCAUUAUUUCACUCUCUCCUACUAGUUUUGUGGAAUUGGACCGUGGGAUUGAUAAUUUUCUAACGCAAUACAGGAACGCCGUCCAUUCCGUUACUGGGAAGAGUCCCGCACUUCUAUUUAAAUCUCGUUCGUUGCGUACAAAUCUUGACUGUGCCAAAACGGCUGAUGUUACAUUCUUCAAGGGUAAUGAUUUACGACCUGCUACAGGAAUAGUACUUUCAUCAAAUGGCAAACGGAUGGUCACAAUUCUCGAUUUGGAUGAUCUCUCUUGCCACCGGAGACACAUUGACCAGAUUGAGUUCAAUAACACAGGUCAGUCUGCUAACUGCACUCCGCCUGUUUCAAAUACUAAUGAAUCCUUUGUAGAUGAUCUUAUGGUAUCCGAACAAAACGUUGUAUCUGAAGAACGCACUACCGUGAAGCGUCCGAUAUACGUCAUCAGCGUUCUGCAACGAGAUACCUAUAGUGGACUUUCACUCCAGGAAGAGGUUAAAGAUCUCGAAUCUGUCAACGCAGUCGCACCACUUGGAUUCGGAUGUCACCAGAUCUGGCACGUGAUUUGCACCUAG